GAAAUAUUUUAAAACAUCUGAAUUUCCUGAUUGAACAACUUGGAACCACACCUCAAAAACAGUAUACGUGCGGAUGGUGCUAUACGUUGGUGUUUGAAAAGGCAAGCGGAUACUUUUGCUACUGGAUAUCCAAAUUGUUUGGGCACAUUUAAGAACGGAGAUUAAACCCUAAGGACUUGAAUCCGACUGGAUACCGAAGAAGGAUUAGGACACUGGGAGGCUUGAGAGAAUCAGGACCUGAUAUUUGUGGGGUUUGGGGAUUGACCAACUUUGGAUAUCUGAUGCAAGGGAUCUGGAUGCACCAGGACUAUCCCAAGAUUGAGGGUCACAGGGGCUACCUGUCUUCACCAGCCUGCAAGGCGGCGACAGAGAGCAGGACGCUGAACCGGCGGAGCCCAGGAAUGAGCGAGUUCUGGCACAAGAUGGGCUGCUGCGUGGUGGCCAAACCCCCACCGAAGAAGAAGAGGAGGAAGAUUGACCGCAGCAUGAUCGGAGAGCCCACAAACUUUAUGCACCUCACACACAUUGGCUCUGGGGAGAUGGCAGAAGGUUUGCCGCCGUCAGGGUCAGUCCAGGAACAGAUGAGGUCCAAAGGACCCAGCACCAAUGGCAGAAGCAGCCUCUUAUAGCCAACAUAUGGACCAAUCCAGAGACUCGAUGUGAGCUCCUCAUUUCCCCUUCCUCGGACCCAGCCUCAAGCCAACCUGCAUGGACCAACUCAGCAUAUUGCACUUAGGCCCACAAUGACCACCGCAAAUGGCAGAAUAAAAAAGAAAGAUCCAAAAAGAUGACUUCAUUUCCCAGAAUCCCUUUUAGCCCCAUCACCAGUUUCAAAUGGAACAUGACUCCUGCCUUGAAGAGGGAAAGUACCCUGGAUUCUCACUCAGUACUGGGGACUGGACGAGAUUGUUUGUGGGCUUUUAGUUUGCUUUGAUAAAACAUAGGAGGUAUCCGGCUACUGGCGGAUACGGAUUUUCCCAUUUGUCUCAGUUUCAAGCAAGGGAUUGUCCGAACAUUUCAUAUUUCUCUGACAAGACAUUUCUCUAACAAGACCAUCUCACAAGUGUGAUACUGCUCUUGCACUAACACAAACAAACAGGUGUUCUUUAUUCUUGACUCAAAGUGGUGUGCGCUUGUGCCCUUUUAAGUGUUGUGCCUGUAACGAUUAUAAUGCCUUAUAAGUAGUGAAUGAUGGAAAUUGAGCCCAUCUGUUUCCUAUAGUUUCAUACAGUGGGGGAAAAAAAGUAUUUAGUCAGCCACAAAUUGUGCAAGUUCUCCCACUUAAA